AUGCAAGAAGGAUAUGAAGAUGCAAAGUACUGUAGAAGAUACGACAAGAAGAGAGAUUGCUAUGUUAACAGAAAUGGUGAUCCUGUCGUUCACAGAAAAGAAGUGGUUUUCAAUGAUGUUCUUGCAAAGGUUGCUGAGGAAGUCAAAGUUGAAGCUGUUAAAGAAGAAGAUGUGAAGAUUGAUAAGGAAGAGAAGGUAGAAGAAAAGGUGGUUGAAAAAGAAGCUGUUAUUGAAGAACAGAAGGUUGGUCAAGAAGAGAUGAUGAAGAAAGAAGAAGAAGAAGAGGUAAAGAAUGAGAGUUUGAAUGAUGUUGGUAUUGAUGCUGGUGAUAAGAAGAAGAGUGAAGCUGAUCAGAAGCAGAUGGAAGCAAACACCGAGGUGCCAAUCACUAAGGUGCUUACGAAGAAAACUGUAUAUCAAGAGGAGUGUCGGAGCAGCCUGGCACGAGAGGAAGAGGCUGCUGAUCCCUGA